UCAAGGGCUGCUGCGCCUUUUCUCACAUCUUUAGAAAAUGCCUCUUGAAGGAUACUGCACACAAUCUAACUCCAAAUUCUGUCAACUUAAUUAUAUGGAGCAUUAUUAUUGACUUACCCUAAUUGCAUGAAUUUCAUGGAUUUUCUUGGAUUAUGACAAUAUAUGGAAUUUACUAUAACCCUCUUAAUUUCUAUAUAAAUCCAUGAAAACAUGCCUUUGGGCUCUCAUAUCGAUCCAAAUAUUGUUUUUUUCACACAUUAAAAUGUGCAGUUACGUGAAAUCCCAUGUUGUCGGGGAGUUCUUGGCCUGUAUUGUAGUGGGAUUGCUGUGUCUGAACGUGGUGCAAAGUAGAGAUUUCGACUGCCGGAAAGAACAAAUCCAAUACUCAGCGAUUAACUGUCGGAAACAUACCGCACUUUUGACGGAUUUUGGAGGGAUAGGUGAUGGAAAAACCUUGAACACGGCUGUGUUUAAGGCCGCCAUUGCUAAUCUGAGCAGCGUUGCGUCUGACGGGGGGGCGCAGCUUGUUGUCCCCCCUGGAAGGUGGCUGACGGGAUCGUUUGAUCUCACUAGCCAUUUUACGCUUUAUAUUCACAAGGAUGCUGUUCUUCUUGCGUCUCAGGAAGAGUCGGAUUAUCCUCUGAUCGAUCCGUUGCCAUCGUAUGGUGUAGGAAGAGAUGCUCCAGGGAAAAGGUUUGCCAGUCUUAUUUUUGGGACAAACCUAACUGAUGUUGUCAUUACGGGAGGGAAUGGAACGAUCAACGGACAAGGUGUAACCUGGUGGAAAAAAUUCAAGGCUCAUCAGCUUAAGAACACUAGACCUUACUUGAUUGAGAUCUUGUACUCAGAUCAGGUUCAGAUUUCUUAUCUUACUCUCAUCAACUCUCCUUCCUGGCAUGUCCAUCCGACUUACUGCAGUAAUGUCAUAAUCGAAAACCUGACAAUUAUUGCACCAAUUGAUUCUCCAAACACAGAUGGGAUCAAUCCAGAUUCCUGUUCAAACACACGCAUACGAGACAGCUAUGUUGUCUCAGGCGAUGAUUGCAUUGCAGUGAAAAGCGGAUGGGAUGAAUACGGGAUAAAAUUCGGGAUGCCCACCCAGCAUCUAAGCAUCAGAAGGUUCACAUGCAUUUCACCUGACAGCGCUGUCAUUGCCCUUGGAAGUGAGAUGUCUGGGGGGAUUCAAGAUGUUCGAGCAGAAGAAAUCUAUGCCAUCAACUCACAGUCAGGUGUCAGAAUCAAGACAGCACCCGGACGGGGAGCCUAUGUUAAGGACAUAUUUGUUAGAAACUUUAACAUGAAUACUAUGAAGUAUGUUUUCUGGAUGACAGGAGCUUAUGGCUCACACCCUGACAAAGGGUACGACCCCAAAGCACUUCCUGAAAUAACAAACAUAAAUUACAGAGACAUGGUAGGGAAGAAUGUUACAAUAGUUGGUGAUCUUUCAGGAAUCCAAAAUGACCCGUUUACUGGAAUCUGCAUAUCUAAUGUGACCAUUGAGCUCAAAUCUUCCAUUUUUCUGUCUGAGAAGAAGAAGAAGUUGCCAUGGAACUGUACUGAUAUUGCAGGGGUGUCAAGCCGAGUGACCCCAAAGCCAUGUGAUCUUUUACCAGAGAAACAAGUGGAUUGUGCUUUCCCUGCUGAUGUGCUGCCUAUUGAUUUGGUUGAGUUGAAGACGUGUUUGGUUGGUGUUGGGAAGGUUUGAGUUUGGCUCUGCUGCCUGGAGGAUAACUGUGCUUAGGUUUUGUUUGAUGUCCUAUAUUGAACUAAGUUUUGAAAUCUUUUUAGGUCUAUGUAUUUGAUUUUGAUGAACUAUUGUUCUUGGUGCUAACUGAAUGGAUACACAUUCAAGUUCAUAGUAAAAACAGUUUUUAAGACCCUGAUUUAUGUAUGUUUUAGCAGAGUCAAGAAGACUACCUCUGUCUAGGAAAAACAAAAUUGUACGAGGAAACAAAUGGAACCUAAGACAUUUUCCUGACAUGAAUAGCAAAGGUCAGAUAAAUAAUAAGUGCAUUGGAAGAUGGCAAGAACA